AAUCUGUGAGACGACAGAAUCAGCAAAGGUUUGUGCCUUUUGCUUACAAAUGGUCCUCUGACCCCUGCCUGUCACAGUAAAUAAAUCAAAUAACUCUUCAGUCAGUGGAGAGCUAUCAAACACAGCUCUACCCUGGAGAAAUUAUUCUGAAUAAUGAUUUUGGAAAUAGAAAUGUAUACAUCAGCAUACCGAACUGACAGGACAUGGCAUUGCAAACAAGUUUACUUAGUCUUGGUUUUCCAGUCCAAGAGUAUGUAGCAUCUGGGGAUUUUUUUUUCUUAGCAAGAGUUUCACUUCCCAGCCCAUAGCCAGAACCCCUUGUUUCCUUUGCAUUUGUACACCAUUUAUAACAAAGAACAAAUCUGUCACAAUUUUUGCCAAAUUCCACAUUGCCUAAUGUCCUCACAUAACUUUGCUGCAAUGCAAACUGCAACUUCAGUCCUUCUCUUGAUAUUUUAAUGCAGAAUCUUAGUGCUCAUCUCUCCUGUUUUUUGCUAUUUUCCUUAGCUGAGCACACUUCCAUUCUCUAAAGUACUAUAUGAAACUAUAGGCUUUGAAGUGAGUUUCUUUAUUGUGACAACGUCAAGCUAGCAUCCACAACUGCUUUUUACUUCACUAUGGAUCCCUGCAGAGAGAAGGUAUUUCCUUUAGCAUAGGCAUUGUAGGGGGCUCUCCUGUAACUCUUUCUACUGCUGCCAUUGACACAGCAGGAAGGUCCCUACAGCAUAUGGGGAAAUGCCUGUAAAAAGCUAGCUGGAAGUCAUUGUUUCAUGUCUAUGGUUAAGCUCUCAAAAUCUCAUGAUUUCUCUCUUAGAAAUCCUGUAAUUUACCCUUUCAGGAAAGCAUCCUGUUAAUUUACCCCUUCCAUUGUCUUUGAAGAAUGUGAGAUGUUGUAGCAGUUAGAUCUGAUAGACUCUAUCCAGUUGUCAGAGCACUCACACGCACACACAUGUGAAAACACGAGGAAAAGGAAAUACCUUAGCUGAUAUGGCCACUUAAGGCACAGUUAUAAUAGCCUCUGCUCAGUAGCUCUGGGAAAUAGCUUAGUGGCAUGGGGGAUAGUCACAAGGGCUUAUCAGCAGUCAGAGAAGCAAAAGCUGAACAAACCCAACAAAUCCAAACAAUGAAGAAAUGAACCCAUUGUUUAAUUGUGCCAGCCAUGGACAGUGAAUGCAGCGUUAGAAAUCUCUCAAAGUGCUGCAAAGUAUUCUGUGUAUGGUCAGCGAGGAAGGAGCUGUAUGGAUGGCACAAAGAAAUACAAAAACAUUUAUUGUAGUGCCUGAAGGAAGUUACCCUACACUGUCCAAAACAAAAGGAAGCUAGGUGGCAUUGCAUGGUGUGUGGGAAGGAAAUUUUUUUUUUUUAAAAAUAAAUAUAUGUUAACAAUUGUCUAUUUUUUGCUAGUAAAACAAGGACAGCAAGCUCAGAAGAGGAGCUCUGAUAAGACUACCUUCUAGGAAGCACAUUCAGGUCGAUUAUACAGGGAAACUAUCCAUCAUCAGCUGAAGAGAUGAGUAAUGGAUUCUUUUUCAUUACAGGUAGACACUUUUCCUAGAAAUAAGAUGAUUGCUUUUAAAGCAGACAAAACAUUACUGUAUCACUAGAUUUGCUCCUGGGGAAUACCAAAAGUGAUGGAUUGAGACAAGGGAGAUAAUACUGUAAGAAAGGCAAGUAAAGGAAGUGAAGUUUAUCUGAGUUCCAGUUCUAGAUAUGGACUUGAGUUAUCCCACAGCUACUAGCAAUACCUAAACAAGCCAGCCCUUCUAGCAGAUCUGUGGCAAGCCCAGUGUAGUCAAAUUUAGCUGCUGGGAGUACAAUUGAACCAUCCUCCACAACUGAUUUUUGGCUAGUCAACAGCUAAGCCUACAUAUUUGCUAGGCUCUGUCUUCUGAAUUUUGGCAGUCCCUACUUCUUGUUCUCAAAUUCUGCCCCUGGAUUAUAUCUUGGCUCUCACUGCUGAGCUGGACUGUCCUCAGGGUGUUCACCCAUGCAGUGCUGUCCACCAACACAAGAGCUGCCGUGCACAUUUGCAGCACAGUGUCACCAUGGUAUGGACGUUCACCUCUCUGGAGCUACCUGUGAGUACUCUGCCAUCCACAGUUAUUUGCUGCUAAGUAAUUUCAGAUGUGUUGGUUGAUUACUGAGGCUGCUGUGGAAAAAGGGUGGAUUACUACUGAUGAGGUAUAGUGUGUGGCCUAAAACUUGGCAGCGCUCAGAAGCUCUUUUUGUACGUGUAUACAUGACAUUUUUUAAUUACAUUGCAGCUACUCAGAAAAGCUAUAUCCUGUUAUUUGUAGGUACCUGCUCUCCUAAACCAGGCUUCAAAGCUCAGGAAUAAUUAUGUCUAUUAUCAUAGUUUUAACCAAAGGUAAGAGACUACUCUAGAAAAAUUCUCCCUGCUCUGAUUUUCAUGAAUUGUUGCCCACUUAUAAAAUUAAAGAUGGACGUUGACAGUAUUUAUCUAUGGUGUCUGACUGACAUAGGUGGUUAAGUCCUAUUCUUUGAUCCAAAAGCCAAGGAAAGCCAUUAAACAGUGAGUGGGGGGUGGCCAGCAAGAUUCAUUUAGCUGAUUACUGUGUGCCCUCAGCUUCAUAAUAGCUGUACGAGAGGCAGCUGGGCUUGGGUGGGUACAGUUAUGAAGGGCAGUUGUUGAAGCAAGGUUAGUGGGAGUGUGUUGUAGGCUCCUUUGAAAGAAAAGUGGGGGUGUUUUGGCAUUCUGCUUUUCUAGAUUAAGCGCGGUGUUGUGAUGAAGCUAUGAGGAAGGCUGGUGUUGCCCAUAAUAAGUCCAGCAAAGAGAUGGAGAGCCACGUGUUUAUGAAGGCCAAAACAAGGGAGGAGUAUCUUUCUCUUGUGGCCAGACUUAUUAUCCAUUUUCGAGAUAUCCACAAUAAGAAAUCUCAAGCCUCAGUCAGUGAUCCCAUGAAUGCCCUGCAGAAUCUGACUGGGGGUCCCCCAGCAGGGGCACCUGGAAUGGGCAUGGCUUCCCGAGCUCAAGGAGCACCGAUGGCUGGGAUGGGUGGCCUUGGCCCAAUGGGACAACAGAUGAGUCUCCCAGGGCAGCAGCAGCCUCCUGGGACCUCGGGAAUGGCCCCUCACGGUAUGCCUGGUGUCUCUACAGCUACUCAGCAGACCCAACUUCAGCUUCAGCAGAUAGCUCAGCAGCAACAGCAGCAGCAGCAGCAAUUCCAGCAGCAACAGGUGGCUUUGCAGCAGCAGCAGUUCCAGGCCCAGCAGUCAGCCAUGCAACAACAAUUUCAGGUCCAGCAGCAGCAAGCAGCAGCAGCUGCAGCAGCCCAACAGCAACAGCAGCAACAGCAGCAGUUGCAAGCCGUCCAGCAGCAGCAGCAGCACAUGCUGAAACUGCAGAUGCAGCAGCAGCAAAACCAACAGCAGAUGCAGCAGCAACAGCAGCAACAGCAACUACAGCGAAUUGCCCAAAUGCAGCAGCUGCAGGCAGCGCAGGCUAUGCAGGCACAACAGCAGCAGCAGCAACAACAGCAACAAAUCCCACAGCAGCAGCUACAGCAGCAGCCACCUCAACAAGUAAUGCAACAGCAGAUUCAACAGAUGCAGCAGCAGCAGCAGCAGCAGCAGCAGCAACAGCAGCAACAGGUUGCUCAGGCACAACAGUCUCAGCUUCCACCACAAUCCCAGCCUCAACCCCAGCCCAUGGUAUCUCAGGCACAGGCAAUCUCGGGACAAAUUCCUGGUCAGGUUAUGCCUGUUACUCUCACGCCACAGCAAUUAAAAGCAAUGCAGGUAAGAGCUCAGCUGGUCCAGCAGCAGCAGCAGCAGGCAGCAGCAGCAGUGCAAGCAGCUCAGGCUCAAGCUGCUCAGAUGGGAGCUUCAGGGCAGAUGAUCACCGCACCUAUGGCCCGAGGUGGGAUGCAAAUAAGACCACGGUUCCCGCCUACCACCGCAGUGUCUGCUACACCGCCAAGCUCCAUUCCUUUGGGCGGACAGCAAAUGCCACAGGUGAGCCAGAACAAUAUUACCAUGAUGUCAUCCCCAUCUCCUGUCCAACAAGCUCAGACACCCCAAUCAAUGCCUCCACCACCACAGCCACAGCCAUCUCCUCAACCAGGCCAACCGACUUCUCAGCCAAACUCAAAUGUGAGCUCUGGUCCAGCUCCAUCACCCAGCAGCUUUCUUCCCAGUCCAUCUCCACAACCAUCCCAGAGCCCAGCAGCUGCACGAACACCUCAGAACUUUAGCGUCCCAUCCCCAGGUCCUUUAAACACUCCAGGAAAUCCAAACUCUGUCAUGAGUCCAGCCAGCUCUAGCCAGUCAGAGGAGCAACAGUAUCUGGAGAAACUCAAACAGUUAUCAAAAUACAUUGAGCCACUCCGUAGGAUGAUCAAUAAAAUAGAUAAAAACGAAGAUAGGAAGAAGGACCUGAGUAAAAUGAAGAGUCUCUUAGAUAUCCUGACUGACCCUUCAAAACGAUGCCCUCUGAAGACACUGCAGAAGUGCGAAAUUGCUCUGGAAAAGCUGAAGAAUGAUAUGGCUGUGCCUACUCCACCUCCUCCCCCAGUGCCCCCCACCAAACAGCAGUACUUGUGUCAGCCACUUUUGGAUGCUGUCUUGGCCAACAUCCGUUCACCAGUCUUCAACCAUUCCCUUUACCGUACAUUUAUGCCGGCUAUGACUGCAAUUCAUGGCCCGCCGAUCAUGGCCCCAGUUGUCUCCCCUCGAAAGCGGAAAUAUGAAGAGGAUGAAAGACAGACCAUACCGAAUGUCUUACAAGGGGAAGUUGCAAGGUUAAAUCCUAAAUUCCUGGUGAACCUGGACCCCUCCCAUUGCAGUAAUAAUGGCACCGUUCAUCUUAUAUGCAAGAUAGAUGACAAGAAUCUUCCAAACGUCCCGCCACUACAGCUCAGCGUUCCAGCAGACUAUCCUGAUCAGAGCCCUCUGUGGAUAAAAAACCCUAGACAGUAUGCAGCCAAUCCCUUCUUGCAGUCAGUGUAUCGGUACAUGACUUCAAAACUAUUGCAACUUCCAGACAAGCAUUCAGUCACGGCACUCUUAAACACCUGGGCACAAAGUAUUCGCCAAGCCUGCCUCUCUGCUGCAUAACAUCUCACUUUCUAAAUCGUGAAUCAAGAAAUAAGGUCUUGAAAGCUGGCCUUUUCCAUGUGCCAUUGGAAAACCACAGGCAUUUUGGGGAGGUUACUUCAGAAGAAAGAAGCCUUAUGUUGUUUUGUUUCUAGGUGUCGGGUUCAGUAGAGAACCUGGUGUUAGAUUUAGCUUUCAUGCUCUUUAUCUUCUGCCUCUGUGGACUGUGCCAGCAUUUUCAAAUAUACAAAAUGUGUAUAUAUGGUUCUUGAGACUGUAUUAGGAGGAGUUUUUAUUGUCUUCUUAGAGAAGAAAUUAUUUGUGGACUUCCAUCAGGGAGUCUGAUUGAUAAAAGAGGAAGCAGGGAGAGAAUGCUCUAAUUUGCUUCAGUUUGCAGAGUGCCAGUAUUCCUUUCACAUUGUACGUUUUGUGACCUGAUGCCACCCCAGAAAUAAAUAAGCUGCAGCUAGAACGUGCUUGCAAACUUCCCAGUUUUGGAAGGAAUCUUUUGCCUAUUAGCUUUGUCCAGGGAUGGGAUAAAUUGUAGCCUUUUAAGGGCAUCCCUCAAAUAUGUGAGAUAAAUCUGGGUAAUUAUAUUGGGGGAGAGGGGAGACUAAAUAGAAGAAAAAAUAUUUUAUAGCUUAUUUUAAAUGCUACUUUGUAUAAAUGGUUUUUGGUUAGCAUGGACCACAUUUCUCUUGCUUCAAAAAUGAGGUGAUCAGAAAGAGGAGAUACUAGUGUGCACACUGACUUCCCCUGUAAGUAUAUGUGUGUAAAGGUGGUGGUGGUGGGGAAACAACAGUUUCAAGCUCUAGUACCAGAAAUCAAUCCAGCAGGCUUUUAGCUACAUUUUGUCUUUUACUGAUGGAAUAGAAUCAAUCUCUAAGGCAUCUGGCUUACUUGGGGGAGUUGAUGCAGUUUAGUGGAAAUGCUUCCAUAAUACAUGGUAUUUUUUUUUUUGAGAGUGAAGGAAGAAACAGGAGCCGAACUGACAACUAAUAUUUUGUGCCUUGAGCAAUGAUGGGCACUCAAGCUGGUCACCAGCUGCUAUAUGGUUGGGCACUUCUAAUGAAAACACUUGCCAUGAGUAACUAUAAAUUCAUGCAUAGUGUGAUUGUUUUUUUCCCCGUUCUUGUAAUUUGUUCACUCUUAACUUCCUAGUGCAGAAGAAUUUCAAAUUUCAGAUUUUCCCAUUAUAUCCUGCUCCACCUCCCUGUACUGUGCAGCAAACCUUAAAGAGUAGCUGGACUCUCUUACAGUAGUGUCAUGAAAUUGCAAUGACCUUUGUAAAUCUGUGUGAUGUCAUCACUUCUGGGAUGUUUUUUAAAUGUGGUUACUUAGUAAGCACUGACUGAGGCAGCAGAAUGCUAUCAGUAUUUUGUACAUGAACUAAUGCAUUACCUGUUUGUUUCUAUUGUAAUAAAUUUAUUAUUAUUCCUGUGUUGGAUGCUAACAUUAUACUGCUCUUCCCAUGUUGAUCCUCAGAUACCAGUUCUGUUGCAUCCAUUGGAUGAUGGUUACUUUGUUCUAUGGUAAGUGAAAACUCAUACACUUUGAAGGUCAGGAGAAGAAAUCAUAAAUGGCUUGUCGUUCCAUGCAACACUAUCUCUACUGUCCUCAUAGUGAAUUGGAAGACCUGGUCAAGAGAUUAGUAAUGGUGUCUACAAACAAAAGAUGUAGCUUUUUAACAGGUACUGUUACAUGACUGCCUCUUUGCAGCAAAAGAACCAGUGGCAUCAAUCCAGUUCUUGUGGAGAGAUGUUCACGUCACAAAAGCUUUGUCUGGUUAUUGUAAUACAUAAUUGUCAUAACCCAAGAAA